AUGCUACCUCGACCACGACCCAGUGUUGUCACUCGUCGACUUUUCCCUGUGGUAACAAGACGUGUUACUCAACCACCUAUUCAUAUUCGUCCUGCUCUUGCCUAUUCAUACUCGUCCUUGCGUCGUCCACGUCAACAAGGACCUCGUGGCCGUAUCUUGAAUCAUGUUGAUCAGCUUCGACCCGCCACACAACGACCUACAGAAGUCAUUACAGAGCAAAGUGAUAUGCCUUUCGCGCAGGAUCCUGUGCAUACACCAGUAGAAAUCCCUACUCAACCAGGCGCUGUCAUUACACCCGAUUAUCAUGGUGCUCCCGUCCUAUCCCAGUCUGCACUUGUGGUUGGUCGUGAAUUCGAGAUGUUGAACAUCUUUUUGGGUUAUGAACAAGCCAAUCGAUACAAGAUCAUGGAUCCCAAUGGCACCUAUCUUGGUUACAUCUUGGAGGAAGAAGGUUUUGCCAAAUCCGUGGGUCGCCAAUUUUUAGGCACUCAUCGACGCAUGAAUGCUACCAUCCUUAAUGUACAAGGCGAAGUGGUUUUUAAGAUUGUGAGACCUUUUUCAUUCAUCAACAGCCGCAUUUACAUAUAUACAGCCGAUGAUCGAUUGGUGGGUGAAGUACAGCAACGAUGGCAUCUCUUACGUCGACGCUAUGAUUUGUUUGUUGGCAAUACCCAAUUCUCCUACAUCGAUACACCCUUCCUAGGCUGGGAUUUCAACUUGCAAGAUGCUGAAGGACAACCACUGGGUAAUGUCAGCCGAAACUUUAUGGGCUUUGCUAGAGAGAUCUUCACGGAUACCGGCAACUAUGUUCUUCGGAUGGACGCUGUCGAGAAUAAUGCUAGAGGAAUGACAUUGGAUGAACGUGCAGUAACGUUGGCAUGUGCGGUGUCUAUUGACUUUGACUACUUUUCACGUCAUUCGCAUGCUGGUAGCGGUGGUAUUAUGCCAUUCCCAUUCUUUGGUUUCGGUGGAUCUGGAGAACAGCCAGCUGAUCAAGGUGGUGAUAAUACUCCUUCCUCUACCCCACCUCCUCCAAAUGAUUCUUCUUAUCCUCCUCCUCCUCAACAACAAGUUCCUCCAUCACAAUAUGGCCAAGGAGAAGAUGGUUGGUUAACCGAUGAAGAAGCAGGUGUCAGCAGUCCCGCAGAUACGGAUAUUUGGAGUGCAUUUUUCGGCGAUGAUGAAUAG